AUGUGGAAGGAGACAACUUUUAUUUUUCAAACAAAACUGAAGAAAUUAAAAGGUGUUCUCAAAGAGUGGAAUUGGUCUGUCUUUGGGAACAUAAAUACUCAAAUUAACGAAGAUGAAAGAAAAGUUUAUGAAGCAAUGGAAAAUUCAAACAAGAAUCCAUUUAAUGUAGAAGCAUUAAAUUCCUUAGUUGAAGCCCGAGAUAACUACAAUUCUAAGGAAGUUCAGCUGAGUACUAUGCUAAAUCAAAAAUCAAGAACUAAAUGGGUGAAAGAAGCUGCAACAAAUACUGGGUUUUUUAAUGCAAACACGCAAAUCAGGCAAGCUAGGAACAUAAUCAGUGACUUGAAGUUGGAUGUUGAAAAUAUGGAUCAUAUGCUUACUGCAAUACCUUCAGUAAUUACACAAGAAAAUCAGGCUAUGUUGGAUGCAAUUUCCAGUGAAGAAGAAAUCAAAACAACAGUAUUCAGCAUGGAUCCAGAUAGCUCUCCAGGUCCAGAUGGCUUCUCAGGUUGCUUUUAUAGGGCUUGCUGGCAUAUUAUUUACAAUGAAUUUGUUCAGGUUAUUCAGUUCUGCUGGAGGAGAAAAUUCAUAACAAAAGGUCUUAACUCUAAAUUUUUAGUUCUCCUACCAAAAAUUGAAGGUGCAAGGCAGCCAAACCAAUUUAGACCAAUUGGUCUAAGUAAUGUUAGCUUCAAAAUAUUUACUAAGAUAAUAACUUCAAGAAUGAGUACUUUGCUGCACAAAUUAGUGUCUUCCCAACAAGCAUCUUAUGUUAAGGGAAGGUGCAUUCAAGAACAAAUGUUGUUGGCCUCUGAACUGAUCAAUGAAAUGAAGAAGAAGAGAAGAUGUGGAAACAUUGGUCUCAAGAUGGAUAUAUCUCAAGAUUAUGAUUAUGGGAUUAAGACAAGGAGAUCCAUAAUCUCCAAUCCUAUUGUCCUAAUGGAAGAAGCAUUGGGUAGAAAGAUUACAGAAUUUGUGGAUGCAGGAUUAAUCAUACCAAUGGUUGAAGGAAAGGGAUACAUCCCACUCAUCUUUUCUUUGCAGAUGAUGUUUUCAUCUUCCGCAAUGGGUCUAAAAAGAGCAUCAACAAUCUUCUGA